UGCCUCUGUUUCCGCCCCUGCUGUCACUCCAAGCAUAUAUGCUUUGAACCACCAUUUUGGGACUCCAUUACUAUAAAUCAGCUAUUGCUGUUAGAGAAGCCAGUGUCAUUUUUCUUUGUAUCUGAAUCCUGCAUGUUUGAUGUAUUGCACAUCAGUAGAAAUUUCUUGAAAAUUGUCAUGCUUUAUUGAAUUUGCUGAGAUUCUUUUCUUUCAACAUAUGAUUACCUGUAAAUAAACUCAACCAAGUGAUUAACAUUACAGAUUUGUUUCCAGAGGUUCUUUGAUAAUAUGCUCUUGAUGAUUUUGAUGUAUUUCAUUUUGAGAAUUUGUACUUUCCAACCAAUUUCUUUUAGUUUCCUUCAUCUGAUCUACUAUGUGAACCAUGAAUGUGAUCUCUGAUGGUUACUUCAAAUUCUUGAAGUUUCAUUCAAGCUUGAAUCUGAGAAAUUUGUGUAGAUGCCUGAUGGAUCUAGCGACAGAGAACCGCCUAGCAAUGAUGCUAUUGGAAGAGGCAAGGAAGUUGAGGGAGCAAGCCGACAAAGAGGGAGUUCAUGUUUACUUGAGGCAGCCAAAAGUUAGGGGUCGACCCAACUCACGGUUUCUAACUGCCACUGUUCGUGGUGUGCAACAAGCAAAUCGAGCUGCAGAAGUGAAUGAGAUGUGGCGUCUCAGAAAGAAGGAACUCGAAUUAGACAAUCGCUUGAAAGAUUCACGGGAUAAGGAGGGACCUAGGAGAGACAGCCACCAUCACCACGAGAGCAGUGAUGAUAUCUUGAAGGAAAGCUCGCGUAAGAGAUGUAGAAGAGACAGUCACCACCAUGUUGAGAAGGUCCAUAAGACUCGCUCUUCAAAGAAGAGCUCAAGUUCGAGAUUCAUGUCAGAUGACUCGUCACUAUCAGAAGAGAUGAGAGAAAGGGACCUUGAUAGGAGGGAUGAGGGCAUCCAUAAAAGGUCUGCAUAUCUGCACAGAUCACCAGGCCAUCGAGGGAAUCAAAGUGAUGGUGAGGAUUAUUCAAGUGAUGAUGGUAGUCUUAAGGAUGAAGAGGUGGAAGAAUUUCUCCACUCAAGGACCAAGCGAGGAAGAGGUUCAGUUGGCUCGAAGAUGGAUGAAACAGGCCCUUACCUUCAGUCAGACAGGGGCAAAGCUUUGCUGCCUUCUACAGAUGAAAGGAUUGAAGAGGAAUGGGAAAAGCGUGUUUUUGGUCCACCAAAGCCUCUCGAACUCAUGGUCAAGGGUGAAUGCAAUUCGAAGGCAUCACGAUCCAAACGAAAGCAUAAGGGGAAGAAAAAUAAAAAGAAAAAGAAAAGGUCAAGGCAUCACUAGCUGUCAUACAAAUGGUAUUGGGUAAGUAGUUGUUAUCCCUGUAUUUAUCUACCCAGUCCACCAAAAGAAACCCAAUUGUGCAUUGUUCAUUUAACAAGUUUGGUAGUGAAGUAGACAUCAUACAUGAAUCUAGAUGAAUGUCAAGGUCCAAAUUCCUCCAUAUCAAACCAAUAAUGGAAACUGCAUAAAGUUGAAGACUAGCCAUCAAUAGAGGUAAACUUUCCCAACAUAAAGUACCAAAACAUUAUGUUCGUGCAAAGGUGGACUAGUAAUGGCAAACCAGAGGAGCGUUAAGUGGCUCACCUAUGGUUGAGUACCAUGAAACAUCAGAUCCAAGUGUGGUUAUAAGAAAACAUUAGAUUUGUAGUGGAUUGCAAUGAAUAACCUAAUAGAAUUUGCAGAGAGAAGCGAAUCUCAGGCGAAGAAACAUGUGGCACAUGAUAACUGGAAGGUAAAUGUCAAUAUUUCCAAUUGGGAAAACUGCCUUACCAGGUUUCCAUCAACUCGAAUUGCUAAUGAAGUGGAUGAACCUAAUGGUGUUGGGACCUUUCUGGACCUCUGCGAAGUGUAUCUCAAACUUAAAGAGGCUCAGUUCGAGUUUUUGGCUAGCCAAAUCGAGUUUUUGGCUAGCCUGGUUUGGCAGGCUGCAUUUUUGGGUAGUUUGGAUUCUGGUGCUGAUACAAAAUAGAAACAGUAAAAUCUUUGACACUAGGGUUCUGGGUUCUACCCCUCCCUUCGGCUUUGUGGUCCUACUGCAACAAUGUCUUUUAAGUUUCAAAUCAUGUAGACAAUGACCAAAAAAUUGACGCAAUUUGCAGAACGUAAAAUUAUUCUUAAAAAGAGAAAGUAAAA